UCGCUUCGCGCGCCUCGUGCCGUAUGUGUUGUAUCUGUUCACUGCUCCAACUGGUUGAAUCGCGAGAAGCUCCCGCCUUAGUUUCGUGUGUCGAUCCUAGAUCAAACUCGGUUUUUUUUACGUGACAAUCGUCGCGACAGUUGAAAACGAACGUGUUUCUUUUUUCUCCGAUCACUGGUGCUUGUUUCGUCGAAUUUUCCCAGUUCCGUUUGAAAGUUCCCGGCUCGGCCCAUCGGCUGAGGUCCGGCCAACGAACAGAGACGAAUUAGGAGGAAAUUUAUCGAUUUCCGAUCCCGAACGAUCGACUGCGCGAAAGUGGAGCGGCUACGUGAGAUCCGGUUUCGGAAGGACGGAAAAAUAUGAGCAUCUCGUGAAGUCGGUUUAAAGUGCAGCUUUCAGACAUCGAAGGGGUAUAACAUGGAAACCGAAGAACUCACUAGACUCGUAGAUGAGAUCUACAAGAACAUCCUGGACAAGUUCAACCCGGGGGCGAGGCAGCUGAUCAAUGCCGGCAAGGCAUAUUUGAAGGCUCUUCAUGGAGCCGCAGCCGCAUCCCGUGUCUACGUGGACGCAUUGUCUCGAUUAGCACGCCAAGCGCAACUGGGUACAUGGGGCGGUUCCAAGGAUGUCGGAUUCGCGCUGAUGAGGAUCGUCGAAGUCUACAAGGAGAUCCAGGAACAAGAAAUGAAUAUCUUGAAAGCGUUCUACGUCGACCUACUGGUUCCCCUCGAGACGAACCUAGAGAAAGACACCAAGGUCGUCCAGAGCGAACAGAAGAAGUUUCUGCAGCAGCACAAGACCAGGUCCGAAACUUACAGCAAAGCGGCGGCAACGAUGAAGAAGCAGAGGAAGAAGUCAAGGGGCGCGAGCAAGAGUGGACUGGCCAUGGACAAAGAGCUCAAGAAUAUGCAGAUUCUAGAGGAAGAGAAGUCUAAGCUAGACGCCUUUUGUGAACAGAGUUUGAAGAAUGCUAUGACUCAGGAACGAAGAAGGUACGGCUUUGUUCUCGAGCGACAAUGCUCCUUGGCGAAACAUUAUGCGAGUUUUCACGAGGUCGCGUUAGCUGCUCUUCAUCCCUCGGUUGAUAAGUGGCGCGAGGUAGCUGCUACUAGGGAAUAUUUACCACAAUCCGUGGAAGACAUGUUCGCUUCCAGGCUUAGACAAGUUUCAUUUUGGCCCGAGGACGAGGAAAACGGCGGCUCGGAGUUAACCAUGAGCUCGCAAUUGAGAAAGACCAGAAGCAUGGAUAGCUCUUGCUUGGAACUUCGACCUGGACCGCCGUCCGGAAAUGUGCCAAGUGCCACUUAUCAAGGUCCAACUUCUCAUCUUUCAUCUGUACUGUCUAGAGCAAGGUCAGAGGCCAAUCUGCACGCUUCGACAUUAUCUCUGGAUCCAGAGGUUCCAGAAACUCCACCAAGACCGAGGUCCAUGGCGCCUCCGGCAUCACGCAACAGCGGCAGUGGAGGUGGGGGUGGUAGUGGCACAGGGGUGAGCUCCGGUGGCUGGGGAGAUGCACCCCUCGCGAGGGCUCUCUUCGCCUAUUUGAGCUCCGGGGAAAAUCAGCUGAGCUUCCUGGAGGGCGAUCUCAUUGCGUUGAUGGGAGAUCGUCAGAAAGGCUGGCAAUUUGGGGAGAAUCUCCGCACACAGAGUUCCGGAUGGUUCCCACUGGCAUACACAGAAAUUAUUAUCGACGAUAGUCUAGGAUCGCCGAGUCACGGAACAAACAAUGGUCGCGUAUUGGAGCCGCAAGCAGUUCCACCCUGUAAGCCACCACCCUCUCGACCACCAGUGACACCGAGCAUCGAUGAAGUGUCGAGUGGAUUCCAUGGAGUAGGAAACAACAACGUCAACAACAGUAACAACAAUAACAGCAGUACCGGCACUCCUACAAAUGUACCGAAUAGCAACAGUUCUCACAAUUUAGCGACACCUACUGCACGUCAAACAAAACCGAUCCGUCCAUCGGGCACUUUGCCCACUGUUUUGGCUGGUGGCCGUAGGAUACAGCCACCUGCUCCGCCCGUGCCACCUCCUCAAGUCGUCACGUCUCUUCACAGCAGCAACGACAGCGGUUUCUCAAACGAGCCACCGGCUCAGCCUGAUAUCGACUACAGCGACGACGAGGCUAUGAGACAACGACGAAGAAAGCCGCGUGCCGAUAGAAUAACCGAAGCGGUGAAGCAACACCAGAAGGACGACAAGCCCAACAACAAGGACUGGGAAAACGAUUCCUGGAAGACGAUACCUAGGGACGAGAAGAGUUGGCAUCUUUACAGAACCGCGAUGGACAUUUGGGCGGAGGCGAACGCGAAUCAAGGCAACGAGAACGGCGAGACAAGGUACCAGAAUCGUCAUUACGACACUCAGGAGCGCAAAAAUGGAAGGGACUUCUCUGACCGUGGUGCGAUGGAGAAUGGGCCGACAAGAAAAUCAGGAAAGAAGAGCCAAGAAAGAUCGCAGAAAAACGAGUACGAUAAUCGCGGUCGCGGUAAUUCCAAUCACAAAAGCAAGGUUAUGAGCAACGAAGAACCAUCGAGAAAGUCCACAAGAAGGAAUAACGAGCAAAUGGAACAGGAUCGUCGAGAAUCGAAAAGAGUGAAGGAACACGAUGAGACGGAGGAGGACGAGAUCGAACUGGAGGAGGAGGAGGACGAUACCUACGUUGGCAGGAUCGAUUACCAGAAGUACGACGGUAAGAAGUAUUACGGGGACAGAACUGAUGGUCAGGAGCGCAGCUCUCGUCGCGGAUAUCAUCCGGUUGCUCAGGAAGAAUCAAAAUACGAAAACGAGAAGACAUCGUCGGCCUCGUCCUCGGGCACCGACGACGAGAGUACUAUCACGAUCCCGGAGACUGGCAGGAAGGUGGAACAUAUCGCGCAGAAACUAGAGCAAACCGCGCAAAAGUAUGCUCGGGAGCAUAGCCCACCAAAGUUUAUAGAGCGAAGGAACGAUUAUAGAAGUUUAGAGCGUAGAGAGGAGAAGCAACCUCCACCGCCGUACGAGAGGUAUAACGACUGCGAUAGGAGUCGCGGGCCGCAGAGGUUCGAGCGAGAAAGGGAACGAUACUUGGAUAAGUCGCCCAGUGCGGCCCAGAAGACCUCUACUUACGAAAGAGAAAGGACUUUCGAGAAGAAUCCCGAUAGAAAUAGGAAUAUCGAGCGAGCGUCGAGUCGCCGCUUCGAGAGACCGAGACCGCCUUCCGAAGAAGCUCCUGAGAGGCCAACGGACCCCCGUAACCUUUAUCGAGAGCGUAGAUUUUCCGACAAAGAGGAGGCGAUCUAUGGCGAGACCAGAUACGUCAGAGAAAACGUGUCAGUAGAUAAAGAGCGCGGAUACGAGUCGAACUUUGAGACGAAGCUGGAAAGGACGAAGGUGAUCGAGAGGCACGGCUAUCAGAAUCUUGGUCAGAGUAAUCUUCAGAAGUUCCAGAGGAACGGGCAGCAAAUCUUGGAGAAGAACGAUACGAAUAAUAACACGUUGAAGGACGAUAAUCGCAAACCGCUGCUCCCAAGACAGACGACCGCUGUAGGGCAUUUGAUACAGACAGGUAGAGCUUUCGACGUCGACUCCAAGAGUCCGAAACUCGUGAAAAGAACAAAGUCCUUCUGGAGGUUCAGGAGAGAUUCCGACGUUCUUGAGGGUAUGGCACUUUGGCAGCACAGAUCAUUGGUCGAUAUUCCGAAAAUGAUUAAGAAAGAAGCGAAAGAUGACGCGAAUUCAGACGAUACCAGCAAGCAGAAUCCAAGUGAUAGCCCCAACUCUCGGCAAAGUUUGGAAAAAAGGAACAGCGACGUGACCAUUACCAACGAUUCGCAGCACGAAGAACCAAAACCUGCGGAAAGAAUUCACGUGCCCGAAAAAUCCGAUUACUUUGAGGAUUUUCCUACGCCGGCGGAAAGACCAAAGACUGUCGAGAGGUCCGAGUAUCGAAUGCAUCAAGAGGAGAGGUCUUACUUUAUGGGGAACGUCUCGCGGAAAGCCAUAAUCGAGAAGGAGCGAAAACGUAGCCUGGAAGCUAAGCGUAACAUGAUCGUGGCCGAAUUGAAGGAAAAUAACGAGGCCAAGAGGAACGAAAGGAGGAAAAAGUACACGGACGACGAAGAUGGAUUGACGCAGAACUUCAGCGAAACAGAGGCGUCCGACGAAGAGUCCACGUACAGUUGCAUCGUAGUAAAGGAUCAAACAGUGGCGGAGAAGACUCUUCUUCCCAGGACUAAACUCCGUAGGGAUUCCGACCGAGAAAGAGAUAAAAAUACUUGUGGACCGUGGUACGAUCUUUGGGGAGUGGACGCCUCCGUCAACAAGAAGAAGAAGAAGAAACAGCAAUAAAUCUAUUAAACUCUCUUCUUCGUUCGGAUCCUCCGAAUCGGUAUCAUUGUUUGAGUCCCUAGCGGUCUCCAUGAAAGAGUUCAUCACGUUUGAAAAUUUAUUAACGUUAUACCGUUCAACAAAGUUCUGAAAACGAAUCAAGUCUUUGCACCAUUUCAAGACCCGAGAGAAACGAAACCGAUUUCGAAUUGGACGAGCCAGUUGUGGAAGAGAUAGUUAAGAUACGAUUCGUUUAAUAAUUUCGUUCUUAAAAGAUCGCUCGUUUUUAAGUUUGUCAUCGCAUUCCAAUUUUAUUAUCAUCUCCACCCUCGUAUACCCGAUUUGCACCACGAAUGACCGUUCGCAAGUCUUCCACGUAGCGCUAUUCCCAUUGCUUCUUGAAACGUUGAAGCCUGUUUUUAUGUUUGCAAGCAUAGUUAUACUGUUUUAUUCUGCUUUCGUCGACGCUUGUUUAUGAUGAAAUCAACGUGUUGACGUUAAGCGAGCGCAUAAAGUAAAUCGAAAUGCGACCAACGAUUUUACACGCGAUUGUCAAGCAGUUUGUGACCGCGAUGGAGAAAACAAUGUUACGGAUGAUGUUUCAAUCGUAACUCUUGUUGGAUCCAUCGUUGCAGAACACUGCAAUGAUUCGAUGAUAUUUUACUCUUGUAAAUUCUUGUAGAGUCUCAUAAAUUAUUAAAGUCUCGAAAUAAUUUGAUAUACAUGUCGGAUAAGUUUCACGCCGAGUUCACAAAAAAUAUAAGUAGCAAAUCCAGAAUCAAAGAAUUUUUAAAAGAAUCUAUAUGUUCAUUCACGCUCUGGUAAUUCUUUAGCUGAAACACGAGUAAAGAAGUUUUAAAAAUGUAUAAUACGUUCGAACGAUCGGAAUUAAUCUGUCAAUUUCCAUAAAUCGUUCCUGUCAAUGACCAACGAACGCAUAAAUAAUUGCCGGUUGCCACGCUGCGCUUAAAAAUGACUGUGUAAACUAGUUUCUGCAUUAAUAACAUGACGAUUCGAGUUUGAAACUUUAUGUCCACGUAUUCGUUCAUUACCCGUGUAAAUUAGUUUCUGGUUCCCGUUGAAACGAUUUGACAUGCGGUACGCUGUUGCAACAUUCAAUUGAAUUCAAUUUCAUUCCCACGGUGUUUCAUUUUGAUAUAUCGUGAAAGAUGUUUACUACGUCCGCUGUUUUACGUAUUUUUAGCAAAAGUUAUGUCACAGUCUGGUGUGGUCGUAUAUCAACGCAUCCAAACAUUUUCUCGCAAUUUUAAGAAUCUUCGUAAAAAUAUUUCAACGUGUGUGUUUCGUUCAUUUUUUCGUAGCUCGAAGAAUUCGUUUGUGCACCUCGUAUCUUCUUUCAUCGCACCUCGCCGUUACCAAUUGAUGAAAUAUGUAUGCUAAAAGGUGUGUUGUUCGUGCGAUACACCAAAGAAUGUUCACAUUUAGUUUUGUGUUUGCGCUUCGCAUGAAAUAUCGUGUCAAUGUAUGGACAAUAUCGCUGUACGUUGCUCUUUGUUUUUCCAUAAUACCGUGAUACAAGUUUAUCGCCAGCAAUCUGCAGAUUUUUCGAAUGUUUUCUACAGUUUCUCCUUCUGAUUGCCGUAUAAAAUAACGAAAAUAGCACUGUUAAAUUUGUGAAGCAAUCGCUUGGAAGCGCGUUGUGAAAGUGAUUUCACAGUACGCUUCCAAAGUCCCAGACAGUUCGAUCUUUCUAGCUUAAAAAAGAAUUUAUUUAACUUCCUACUUCUGCUAGAAAUUCUUAAAUUUUCAUUCAAGAACUGUUUGGAUUAUAUAUUGUACCAUUUUAUCGAUCAAACUUUUAACGAUCGAACAACAGCGCGAACAAUGCGACUGAUAAAAUUUCCUUUGAUUAUUCGAUUCUUCCAGGACAAACAUAUUUGCAACGGUAAAACUACGCAAAACGAAGACGAACGAUCGCUCGGCGCCAGCGUUGUCAUGAGAUAAACUCUUCAUCUAGAUUACUUUCCUCGUAUGAUGUUAGAUGUACCGACAAAGGCGGUGCCCCUCUGUUCGAGGGACAACAGUUCCUUUCAUGAAAAAACUUCUGAAGCGACUGCUUCGUAGAUUCUUUUUUUCGCGGCGUGGAUGUCCGUCCAACGAACACGUCUGACUUUAAUCCUCUAUGACUAUCCUUUCGAAGAGCGAAGAGAUAGAUUCACGAAGCGAUUCCUUCGCUUCGUACGAUUGAAAUUCAUUCAGUCAGCUUUUUUCUGAAAAUUCUUCAGCUCGUGACAUACAUUCAGAGAUUUUUCAUUGCGAUUCGAUCUGUCAAUUUAUCGAAUGCUUAUAACACGGACUGAUGAUCAUAGGAUGAUUAGGGACCAUUAUGCGAUCAAUAACGAUAAAUUUUUUAUAUAUCAAGCUUUAAGAGCAUUCUCUCAUAAAUAUGAGCAUUUUUUACGCAUCAUAGAGGAUUGAAGAAUAGUCCUCCGACUAAAAAGGACCAUAAAAAUGUCAACUUCGUCCAGGUAAGACGAUCGUCAUUUAUCUUCUGUAUUUUAUCUUCAAAAAUAUUUCCGCCAUUCGUUUCGAGAAAUAUUAAUUACUUUUGUAAGGUAGUUGCGUUUUAAAAGUUAUUUACAUUCCUUAUGUGUAUUUUUUCUGUCCUAUAUUCUUUACCUACAACCUGUAUUUCGCGCGUCCCGGCUUGUUACCACUCCUUCCCCAACCUCGGUCGAAAAUCGAUUCGUACGCAACUAUUCGUUAUUUUUAUCGGGCCCUCGAUACACUCGCGCCAGUAACGGCAGUUUGUUUCCGGGCAAGUUAAUCCCCGAUGCCGCUUCCUCUACUUCGACGACUCCGUCGCGCCGUCACGGAAUGAAACUUUCAUUCUAGACGUCGUAAAGCUGCUUUACGUUCAUGCCCGCACGGGUUAAGGCUCGUAAAAUUUCACUCCUCAUUUUUUUUCCUCCAUCUCCCUUUCCUUCUCACGCCCUCGACUCUUGUCCACCGCGGCUCGCGCGCUUCCGCGUCGCGAAGCUUUUUCUCCUGCGGUGACUGUCGCCGCUUCUUCAACCUUGCUUGCCUGUGAAAAUAAACCCCGACGAAAGAGAACCGAGCACAAGCUCUGCUUCUUCCUAUUGCCGUUGCGUGCGUGAGAUCGUGUGUCGUUGAGAAGAGGAAGCGUGCUUUCGAGUUUCGACUUUUGUUAGCUCAUCGUCCGCUUCCGCGUCCCGAGCCCCAUUCUGUACCCUUUCAUUCUUAUUUCCGUUCUCUCGGCUCUCGUGUUUGUUCCACGAGUCCCAACCAUCGAGAACAACGAUACUUACCGUCGUAUACAUUCGUUCCAUUCCGAUACAAACAUUUAUCCGACAGAUAUUAUGACGUAUGAUUACUUCGAUUAAUAUAGUACGAUAGGUUUGUCCCGAGGAAAUAUACUUGGCGACGUGAGGUACGAAUUUUUAAGCUGAAAGGCUCAAAAGACACUUGGAGUUUCGUAGUUGUAGAAUUUUGCAAGCAGCUCUGUUAUUUAGCCAUUAUUGCAGUCGUAAAUACUAUUAUUCGUUUAUUUUGAACAGAGUGUAUAUGAAAUUGUUUCUUCAAAGGAUAUAUCGUCGUUCGUUUGUACUUACGUGAAACAGCUAUUCUAACUGCCUAUCUAUAUUAAACUAUACAAGUAUUUCUACUUAGACAUAUACGCAUGAUUUCGAUUCUUAAAGUUCUGGAAAUUUUAUUCUGACAGAUUUCCCAUGAUAUUUUCUGUCGUUAAACUUUAGGUAUUGACCUUUAUUCACCGAUAUAUAAUAAUCUGUAAAUAUAUUCGUUUUUGAAUUAGCAAGUUAAACUUGUGAUAAGUAUACGUAGUUGCGUUUGAGCCGAUACGUUUUAUAUUAUUGCAACGGAGUAGAUCGCGCGAUAAUUUUGGACCGUUUUGAAACGAGAAAACAGGGAAAAGACACGAAAAUAUCUAGCAAAUAGAGAUACCCAAAAGACGCCAUUGUCGGGGAGAGCAGAAAUCGAAAGAUCGUCCCGUAUCGAUAGAAAACUUUUACUGCGAAUUUUAUCGCCGUACACUGCCAGGCAUUCUGAUGUUUUCCCAUUUCCGAAGAGUUUCCAGGGAGUCGAAAAGCUUUCGAGUUCAUCAAACAAGAUACGACAGUCGUAAAGCAUCGAUCAACCCCUAUAAGAACACUUCGAAUCUUUCUACAUUCCAGCAAUGGGAAACUUAAGUGAUAACGAAUAGAACACGGUCAUUCCUAGGUGCCCUGAUUUUCGUCACACGUAAUUGUACAUACUAUAUCACACAUCCACGGACAUGCAUACGUAUUAUCGUUCUUCCACUUUGACAAAAUAUAGUCACUCUCUGUCGCGUGGACAGAGAGAAGAAGAGACGUAAUAAUCUUAGAACAGGGAUCUCGAGAUUGGUCCUUCGAAACGCAGCCCGUUUUAUCUAAAUGUUUGCACCGUCUCUCUCUCCCCACCAUCAUCAAUUAAUCGAACCUGGUGAAAUGCACUUUGAACGAUAAUAAUCAAAUUCUAAGGCUAUAACUAUUCCCUGAAUCGUAGAAAACGUUGUUAGAAGAACCUUUCGCGAUUCCAUUAGGAUGGGAUGCGCCUAUCCUACAUCGAUUUCGGGAUCUCUGAUGUAAAUUAUAUAGUUUCCGAUGGAGAUACGAAUAUAAGAAGGAAUAAAAGGUUUAGGGAAACUUUUUUUGUAAUUGCGUUAGAUAAGCUAUGCGAUAAACGUGCGAGUCCAAGAAGAGAAAGAAGAUGUUAAUAUAUUAUAAAUACGCAUAUACCGGCGAAAGUGCCGGAUGGUUAGGGGAAAUUUCACGAAGCCGGCUCGUUUCGCGAAAAAAA